AAACUAGCUUGAACUGAGUUGAAGGCUUGAAGCCAGUGAUGAGAGUAGGUGCUCUAGUCACAUGUUUCAUGCCUGCUACCUCCUUUUGUUUUGUCCUCGUAAAAUGGCCCUUGCCUAGGGCGGAGCAUCGGGGGUUAGUGACUCAAACGAAUAAAUAAACUGUAAAUGAAAAUGGAGUCUGUAAUAAACUCUACCAUCCUCUCACUCGCUUGCUUCCCAAAAUCCAACCCAUCAAUCCACCACCAAAAAACCGUCAAAGCUCGACGAACAGUUUGCUGCUCCCUCAGCAGCAGCAGCAGCAAGAAUAGUAACAGUGAAGGAGACGCUAAUGGCUUACUUAAAGAAGAGGAGGAAGAGAAAUAUAAUGACAUUUGGCUGCUUUUUAAAGAAGCUCAGCAGAAUAUUCUUUACUUAAACAAACUACGCCUUGUGGCUGUUGAAGAGCUCAAUAAAGCAAACAGAGAGAAGCAGUUGUUGCUUGAUAAAAUCCAGCAAUUGGAGGCUGUCAACAAAUUAGCGCUUUCUGAAGGAAAUGAGCAAUCAUUGUGGCGGGAAUUGCUGCUUCGGAUUGACUCAAUGGUCCUAACUGGCUUGAUUGAUUCUGCUGAGGCUUCUGGUAUGAGAAAAGCAGUCAUGGGUAACAAGUUUAGUGUAGCUCUUGUUUUCUUCGACAUCCGGCAGAAAACUGAUGCUGAGCUUCUGGCACAACUCCGUCACUUCUCCGUUGGAAGCAGAAAGAAUGGUUUUCACAUAAUCCAAAUUUGCACUGAAAUGGAACCACUGGUAUCGGUUGGAUCCUUGUCAUCAUAUGUGACAGGCUUAUCAAAGGCACUGCAGAAAAAAGGACACAUAGUGGAGGUUAUUUUGCCAAAGUAUGCAUGUCUGGACCUCACUGAAAUGCAAGGACUGCGAGAAAUUGAGGCAGAGUUGUAUUCAUAUUUUAAUGGUCAAUUGCAUGGAAACAGAAUUUGGACUGGCAUCGUCCAUGGCAUUGGAGUCACUCUCAUUCAACCUUUGUACUAUUCAUCCUUUUUCGAUCGUGAAAGGGUAUAUGGCUACUCAGAUGACUUUGAACGAUUUACCUAUUUCUCUCGUGCUUCAUUGGAUUAUAUAGCAAAAUCUGGAAAGCAGCCUGAUGUGUUGCAUAUACACAAUUGGGAAACUGCUAUCGUCGGGCCACUCUUUUGGGAUAUUUUUGUUAAACAGGGGCUUGGAGGUACCAGAGUAUUGUUGACAUGCCAUGGCUUUGACUCACAAUGCCUUGAGCAACCUGAUAAGCUAGCACUAUGCGGACUUGAUCCUGCUAGACUUCACCGUCCUGACCGUUUACAAGAUCACACUAUGACACAUCUUGUCAAUAUUCUGAAGGGUGGACUUGUGUACUCAAAUAAAGUUGUUAUGGUGCAAUCUAUUUAUUCAAAAGAAAGGAUCAUUAAUAGUUUCAGUCACGGAUUAGAACCGACCUUAGCGAUUCACAAGGACAAGUUGCUUGUUUCUCCUUGUGGGUUUGAUAACUCCACCUGGGAUCCUUCAAAGGACAAAUUUCUUCCAAAAAAUUAUAGUGCAGAUGACCUAAAGGGGAAAUCCAUUUGCAAAGUUGCAUUGCAGCAGCAGCUGGGGUUAUCCAAAAAUUCAUCAACUGUUCUUGUAGGAUGCAUCUCCACAGAAUCUUUGGAUUUUGAUCUGAAUAACCAGAAGGCAGUUUGGAAUGCUACACCAAAGAGUGUCCAGGUUUGUACAUGUUUUUGGGAUCUUUAUUUCUUUGAAGAGAAUACAGGGCUUAGUGCUGAAUAUCGGAGAAACUCCUUACUAGCUGGUGAAAUGAGGGUACUUAAGAAAGUGACAAGAACAGUGAUUCUCAAUUUUCCUUGGCAGCCGCAUGAAUCAUUCAUCUUCAUGGGAAGCAAAGCGACGAGUGCAGAUGGAGCACUGGAAUAUCUUAAGAAAGAACUAAAGGAUGAAACUGUGAGAUUCAUAAACAAAUAUGAUGAGGCUCUAUUGCAUCUGAUCUUUGCAGGUUCAGACAUAAUCUUGUGCCAAUCUUUUCAUGAUCCUCUACUCCAAGUGCCUCUGAAAGCUUUGAAAUAUGGAGCAGCUCCGGUUGCAGUAACAUCCAAUGAGAACAAAUUCAGACAUUUUGUAGAUCGUGAACAAGAGACCACUAGAUUUUCACGGUUCAUUAGCUCUACCUUUGGAUAUUUGUCUUUGAGCCAGGCUGUAGAUGAAAUUAAGAACAGCCCAUCAAAAUGGAAGCAGAAGAUGGUAGAUGCCAUGGCUAAGGACUUCUCAUGGAAUGCAGAGUGCUGUGACGUUCAUGUUUCUGCAUACACGGCCCUAAAAAGCUUGUGAAGUUAGUUGUACUUCUGUAAGUACACUUCUAACGCCCACCCGCAUUUAGGUAAUGAUUUGGAGGAGAGCAAUAUCAGCUUUGGUAGAACGUUAUGUGUUGAGGCUUGAGUAUCAAGGGGGCUCAGAUCAUCAUCUGCAUAGCAUUCACACAUCUUCAUGUCCUUUGUUGGCAGUUUUGUAUGUAUACUACUGUGAAUAUGAAUAAUCUCCUAUACCUGUAAUUUCCUCCAAACAAAUCAAAUUUAUGCAAACAAACCCCAAAAAAGCUUAAUCUAAGAAAUGAAUUUUUAAUUAAUUUAAUGAAAUAAA